AUGUCUCUUAUCAUUCUCUUUUUUGCGCCCUAUCCCUCGUAUCUCUCUUGCACUUCUUCCACUACUUACCACUCUUUCGAUCUCUCUCACUCUCUCUCUUUCUUUCUUUCCUCCAUCUCGCAUCCUUCUUGUCGGCUUUUGUCUUUCUCUCUAGUUCAAUCCCUCUCUUUUUUUAUAUUCUCUUUCUCUUUCUCUCUCAACGAUAAAUAUCUUCCCCCUCUCUCUUCCAUCUUCUCUUUCUUUUAUCUCACUCUUCUCUAUCUUUUACACUCUCUCUCUCUCUCUCUCUCUCUCUCUCUCUGGCCUUCAUUUUGCGGCUGCAAAUUUUCUCUGUCUUCUUUGGGUUAUCUCUCUGUCUCCCCCGUUUCUGCCCCCGCCACUCUCUCUGUAACAAUGUUCCCAUUUCCCUUCUUUCUUUCACUUCGUCUCAGCUUUCGUAUCUCAAAAUCCUACCCCGUCUGCGUUGUCGAGUGGUCGAUUCAAUACGCCCCACCUACCGAUCGUCACGGGAACCGGCGAGAUUUAUCGACUGUGGCACUGGUAAAGGGCAUUCGAGGAUGGCGGGGGGGUGUCGGCUUAGACGGGCUGACAACGGCCCAUGCCGCGAAGUCGACCGACUCUAAGUGUGUCACUGUGGUCAGAUAUACGGAAAGGGCGAGUAGGCCGAGCGGUGUGCGGGCUAAUGUCUUUCUCUUCCCACUCUCUCUCUCACUCUCUCUUUUUCUCUCACUCUCUCUCACUCUCUCUCUCCCUAUUCACUCUCUCUUUUUCUCUCACUCUCUCUCUCACAUACACUCUCUCUCUCUCUCUCUCUCGCAGAAAACGAGGAAAAGCAACACUCAUUAA